AUGGCAUUGUCAACUUAUAAUACUGAAUUACCAUUUCGUAAUAGUGUAUCAAAAAAUCCAUCAGAACGAACAACGCAGGAUUUAACUAUAAUCAAUGCUUAUUUGAAACAUUUGGAAGCAUUAUCAUCACUUCGUGAAUCAAAUAUUCGUAAUUUGAGUAAAACAAUUCGUUAUGAAAAUCAUGAUGCACAUCAUGUUUUAUUUAGUCGUGGUGAAUUAAAUACCUGUUGGUAUAUUCUUUUAUCUGGUUCAAUUUUUAUUGAAUCUACAAUGUAUUUACCACGAGCUAGUUUUGGUAAACGAACUCCUAGUAAUCAAUAUCGGAUCAAUGAAUGUGUUGUGCUCGAACCAUCGGAAAUGCUUGUUAUUGAUUAUCCCGAGCUCGACCAUGCUUUGCAAAAUACGGAAUCAUUGAAGCAUAUCGUUAGUAAACAUAAUCGUCAACAAGAACAAGCUAUAACUCUAGUAGAAGAACAGCAUACUUCUAUUAUGGAUUCUGGUACAAUACCGACGAUUAAUCGAAAAAAAAGCAUACAAAAUCGACAGCGAUCUGUAACAGUUGGCAAUAUGAAUGAUAUACAUUCAUCGAUGAUUCGUAGUUCACAUUCACGUGCUAGUGAUACAUCAAGUGCUUAUUCUGGAUCAGAUCUUAUGCAAUCAUCAACAAAUGGUGAAGAUUGUUUAAUGAUAAAUAAUGGGGAAAAUGGUCUAGGACAAAAUGAUGAUGUUGGAUUAAGUCGUUGUUUAAGUAUUCAUGAAAGUGAUGAUGAAUCUGAAACAUCAUCUGAACAUUCAUUUCCUAUUCAUGAUCAUAUACGAGAAGUUUUAAUGAAAGAAGCCAGUGAUCGUACUGAUGAUGAUAUUGAAGCUAUUUUAGAAUUUCUUCUACAUUUUCCUGCAUUUGCAAAUUUAACAUUACAUGUUCGACGUGAACUAUGUAAAGUCCUUGUCUAUGCUCAAGUUGAAAAAGCUCAAACUAUUGUUAUGAAUGAUGGUGAACGUUAUGAUUCUUGGUCAGUUAUUAUAAAUGGUACUGUUGAUGAUGAAACAGUUGAUGGAGAACGUAUACGUCGAUUAACCGUUGGAGAAAGUUUUGGUUGUGGCCCAACACUUGAUCAAUAUUGUCAUACGGGUAUCAUGAAAACUUGUGUUGAUGAUUGUCAAUUUGUUGUUGUUGCACAAAAUGAUUAUUAUGCAAUAUUAAAUCAAGGAGAAAAAAAUAUUAGAAAAAUUGAAGAAGGUGAACGAACUGUUAUGGUUAAAGAAAUACGAAUUGAUGAUGAUGAAUAUCGUAUACCACGUGAAAUAGUUAUAAAGGCAACAACUGAAAAAUUACUUGACUUAUUAGUUGAUGAAGAUCAAUUAAUUGAUGAUCCUUAUUAUGUUCAAGAUUUUCUUUUAACUUAUCGAACAUUUAUUAAUGAUCCAAUGAUAAUAGCCGAUAAAUUACUUCAUCAUUUCGAUGAAAAUAUUAGCUUACAAUCAUGUGUACAUACUGCACGUGUUGUUUUAUCUUGGGUUAAUAAUCAUUACAAUGAUUUUGAAACAAAUACAAAACUAUAUGAAUUUCUUGAAAUAUUCGAUGAUCGAUUACAACAUCAUGAAACAGAAGAAAUUCGAUCGUGGAGAUAUUUAAUUGAUUUAGCUUGUUUUACAAAAGCUAGUCGACGUUAUGUUACAAUAACACGAUCAACACGAGAUGAUAUUUUAAAUUUUAAUAUACUUGGUGGAACUGACACAUUAGCAAAUAAUGGAAUAUUUGUAUCAAAAGUUGAAAAAAAUUCGAAACCAUAUGAAGCUGGUUUACGCCGAGGCGAUCAGAUUCUUAGUGUUAAUGGACAAUCUUUCAAUGAUUCAACUCAUGUUCAUGCACUUGAAAUUCUUCGUAGUACAACUCAUUUAUCUUUAACUGUAAAAAAUAAUUUAAUGGGUCUUAAUGAUAUUGUUAAUCCUGAAAGAUCCUCCAAUCGUAAAAAACGUUAUGAUUUGACUACAUGUGAACAAGAAAUUCGGAAUAAAUUAUAUGUUUCGACUCCUGUACGUUCUGUAUCAAUGACUCCAACAACAAAUAAUACACCAUCUGGAUUAGCGAAUAGUCCAUCGGAUCCUUAUACUCCCGAUCCUUCAUCAUCAAAUCAAUUACGUCCGCCAUUAUCAACAAUAACUCCAACAAAAACUAAUCUUUCAACUGAAUAUCCCGAAAAAACGAAACCACGUCCAUUAACUAAACGUAUGGGUAUUAAGCGUGCCGUUUUGCAAAGAUUCAAAAUUACAAAAAAUAACAGGUAA